GGCGCGCGCGAGGCAGCAGCGGAGAGAGCAGACCCGGCGGAGAGAGAUAGAGUGUGUGAGAGAGAGAGAGAGAGAGAGAGAGAGUGAGAGUGAGAGAGCUCGAGAGUGAACUGGAGGAGAGAGAGCGACGACCGUCAGGCUCCGGGUGUCUGAGGGACGGACACCGACACGCAGAGGAGGAGGAGCGCGCAGGCGAGCAGAUUGAUUGUCUGAGCGAGUGGCCGUCAGGUUGAAUGAAGCUGCUGCACCUGGUGCGUCUGAGGGCCUCUCCCAUGUUUUGAUUUGUUUCCCCCUUUUUUUCUUUUUAACUUUAAAAAAUAACAACAAAAGAAACCUCAAGAAAACGUGGUUUCACCGAGGCCGCUGCUCGUCAUGCCGUCCAACAGUCCUGCUGCCGCCGAGCCGCCCCAGACGCCAGAGAACGAAACCUCCAACGAUGUGAGUGAAGACGGAGCAGACCAGGACAGUCCAGAGGAGGGGACGCCGGCGAGCCCCCGCAGCAAGCGCAGAGUGGGCCGUCCAGGAAGGAAACGCAAACAGCUGCUUCCUGAGAUGGCGACCUCUGACCCGUGUGCUAACGCCCCGCCAACCCCGCCCGAGGAGCCGGAGGCCACCCCCUCCCCUCGCAAGAAGCGCGGGCGUCGGAAACUAGAGCACAGCGACAGGAGCAAGGAAGAGCCAGACGACAGAAACUGCGACUCUCCCAGAGAGGUUGAGACUGGGAGGCUGCGGAGGAGGCCAGUACCCAGAGUGACCUUCCAGGCCGGAGACCCGUACUACAUCAGCAGGAGACAGAGAGAAGAAUGGCUGAGCCGCUGGAAGAUGGAGGUGGGAGAGAAUCAGGUCUCUGUCUGUGCGGAGCGGCGGGCAUACAGAGAGGCGGAGAUCAGCAUGAUGGACGACCUAUCAGAGGCCGACUUUCAGAAAGAGGAGGAGCCGUCAAGCCCGGCGCCACCGCCCUCACAGCAACACACAGACCCCGCCUCCCCGACGGUCGCCGUGACGCCGGAGCCGGUCGCCAGGGGGGAACAGGCCACGCCCCGCGAGAUCGAGUACCAGGUUCAGGAUGGGCGGGGCUUCGUCAUCGGCGCACUGGUGUUCGGGAAGCUGCGAGGUUUCUCCUGGUGGCCCGGCAGGAUCGUGUCCUGGUGGAUGAGCGGCCGGAGUCGAGCGGCCGACGGCACCCGCUGGGUCAUGUGGUUCGGCGACGGCAAAUUCUCCGUGGUGUGUGUGGAGAAGCUGAUGCCUCUGAGUUCCUUCUCCUCUGCCUUCCACCAGCCCACCUACAACAAACAGUCCAUGUACAGGAAAGCCAUCUUUGAGGCUCUGCAGGUGGCGAGUGUGAGGGCGGGGCGGCCUGUUCCCUCCUGUGACGCCAGCGACGACGCGGACGGCGUGGAGAUUCAAACCAGACAGAUGAUAGAGUGGGCCAUGAAGGGUUUCCUGCCCAACGGCCCACAGUCACUGGAUCCUCCAGAAGAGGAGCAGAAUCCCUACAAAGAAGUGUAUCCAGAGAUGUGGGCGGAGCCCGAGGCCGCGUACACGCCCCCACCCGCGAAGAAACCUCGCAAGAACUCGGCGGAAAAAGCCAAAAUCAGAGAGGUGAUCGACGAGGGAACCAGAGAGCGACUUAUCCAAGAAAUCAAGAAGAAGACCAGGAAUAUAGAAGAUAUCUGUAUCUCCUGCGGGAGCCUCAACGUCUCUCUGGAACAUCCUCUCUUCAUGGGAGCCAUGUGUCAGGGCUGCAAAAACUCAUUCCUGGAGUGUGCCUACCAGUACGACGACGACGGCUACCAGUCCUACUGCACCAUCUGCUGUGGAGGCAGGGAAGUGCUCAUGUGUGGCAACAACAACUGCUGUAGGUGUUUCUGUGUGGAGUGCGUGGACCUGUUGGUCGGCGCGGGCUCGGCGGCCGCAGCGAUCAAAGAGGACCCGUGGAACUGCUACAUGUGCGGACCGCGCAACACCUACGGGUUACUGCGGCGACGCGACGACUGGCCCUGCAGACUGCAGCACUUCUUCGCCAACAACCACGAACAGGAAUUUGAGCCGUCAAAGUUGUACCCUCCUGUUGCAGCAGAGAAGAGGCAACCAAUCAGAGUCCUCUCCCUGUUUGACGGCAUCGCCACAGGUCUGCUGGUGCUGAAGGAUCUGGGCAUCCAGGUGGACAAGUACGUGGCGUCGGAGGUCUGCGAGGACUCCAUCACCGUGGGCAUGGUGCGACACCACGGACGCAUCAUGUACGUGGGAGACGUUCGCAACGUCACCCACAAACACAUUGAAGAGUGGGGACCGUUUGACCUGGUGAUCGGAGGAAGCCCCUGCAACGACCUCUCCAUAGUCAACCCUGCACGCAAAGGCCUUUACGAGGGAACGGGCCGGUUGUUUUUCGAAUUUUACCGCCUGCUGCACGAGGCGCGGCCAAAGCCCGGCGACGAGCGGCCAUUUUUCUGGCUGUUUGAGAACGUGGUCGCCAUGGGAGUCAGCGACAAGCGCGACAUCUCGCGCUUCUUAGAGUGUAACCCGGUGAUGAUCGACGCCAAGGAAGUGUCUGCUGCGCACCGCGCUCGCUACUUCUGGGGGAACCUGCCAGGCAUGUCCAGACCUUUGACACCGAUGGUGAACGACAGGCUGGAUUUACAGGAGUGUCUCGAGCAUGGACGCACUGCCAAGUUUGAGAAGUUGCGUACGAUAACGACACGAUCCAACUCUGUGAAGCAGGGGAAAGACGAGCAUUUCCCCGUCUACAUGGACAACAAGGAGGACAUCCUCUGGUGCACCGAGAUGGAAAGGUGA